UUUUUAAUUUUUUAAAUUUAAUAAUUCUAAAAUAUUUUAUUAAUUCUAAAAUUAUGAUAAAAGUAUUAUUUUUAAUUUUUAUUGCUUUAUUUAUUCUUGAUGGAAUGAUAAAAAUGGAAAAUCAACGAGGGGUUUUGGCACAAGAUAAUGAUGAUGAUGGUGGUGGCUUUUGGUCUGAAGUGCCAUCACGUAAGAAACGUAAAGCAAAUAAAAAUAAAAAGAAUGACAAAAAAAGUAAAGAAAAAAGUAUUGAAGCAUCGACACGUUGGUACAAAGAAUACUAUGCUUAUUAA